GUGAAGCAGUCGAGUCAAAGAUAAGAUUAUUAAGUUAGUCAGUCAGAACAGAACAGAAUCAUUGAAUCAACCGUUUCUUUUGCCUUUUUCUCCAGACGUUGCUGUAAUUUGAAAGAUAAAAUAAUAUUAGGGUGGAUGUAGAGUUUAUGAGAAAACUAAGAUUGUUUAAAUUGUGGUGAAACGUAAAUAUGAAGGUUUGAAUAAGUCGUCACACCUUUGAAGCCACUCAGUAAUUAGUAAUCCUCGACUGGUAUCAAGAUGGCUGAGAACAUUUUCCUCUUUGUGCCAAACCUGAUCGGCUACGCCAGAGUAAUAUUGGCAAUCAUUUCGUUCUACUAUAUGGCCACCGAUUGGUCGGUCGCCGUAGUCUGCUAUGUUAUCUCUGGGCUGUUGGAUGCUCUUGACGGACAUGCUGCCCGUUACCUCGACCAAGCCACCAAAUUUGGCGCCAUCUUGGAUCAAUUGACUGAUCGCUGUGGCACCAUGUGUCUGUUGGUGACGCUGAGCAACUUUUAUCCGAGGUACAUGUUUUGGUUCCAGUUGUCCAUGACCAUCGACGUCGCCUGUCACUGGAUCUACCUUCACUCAUCCCUUCUGCAAGGCAAGACCAGUCACAAACUCAUCGACCUUGGUGCCAACCCCAUUAUGAAGAUAUACUACACCAGCCGACCUGUUCUGUUCUUCAUGUGUCUCGGAAACGAAGCAUUUUUUGCCUCCCUUUACGCAAUGCAUUUUGCGGAAGGCCCAGUUAUCGCUGGGAUCGGGUUGUUCCGUCUGAUUUGUUACGCGUCCGCUCCUGUGAUGGCGGUAAAGACGGCCAUCUCACUUGUGCACGGCUACGUUGCGUGCUGCAACAUUGGCUCUAUGGACGUUCAGGAAAGAGAGAACAGGAAGAAGUAAAGGAUUCAAUUACAAACCUGGCUUUGGGUUUUGGGAUGCGUGUUUGGGGAUCGCAGAUUACAAUGGUUUGAGGCCGUUCCAUUCUAGUAGUUUUGUAGAGUUCCUGAGAGAGUACAUGCUAAUUUUGAUUUAUCAAUGAGUCACCAAGUGGCUGUAAAUAAAAUGGUACUUCUACAUUAUAUAACAGAACUGUCAAAGUAUGGAACAACAAAAUUUAAAUCUGUUCUUGAAUUCACAUUACCUUUUGUUGUGCCAUUCUUAGACCAAAGCUUCUUAAAUAUACAUUCUUUAUUACGUUAUUCAUGGACCAAAGAGAGCAUUUAGUUUUUAUCAGUUUUUCUACCCUUGUAAAACUUCUUUUGAUACUUUUAAUGAGUAAUUUAUAUUCAUAUUAUGAUGAAGAUAGUUUAUGUUUUAAAUUAUUAUUAUAAUGUUGUUUAAUUUAUACUUUUAUUGCCUAUAAAUCUGUUGUAUCAUAAAUGGCAAAUUAUGUAGUAUAGUACAGUACCGUACUGAUAUUGUUGAAUGUUCUGAAGUAUAGAUUACAUCUACAACAUAGUUUUUAUUUAGCAAGUUAAAACUGUCUAUGCAAAUAAAUUCUUAAUUUUCUAGUGAAAAAUAUUUGUUUAAUUAUUAGGCUGCUAUGAUUAUGUAAGUUGAUCUUUCAAAUUGUUCCAAAUAAAUUAAUGAAAAACUAUACACCAUACUCAACAAUAGAUUUAAAUAAUGAGGUGUGUCAUUAAGUUAGAACAAAGUCUUUAAAAAUAUGUUAAAAUAAAAACAAAAUCUAAAUAUUAUAAAACAGUAAAAAAUGUUAGAUACUUUUAAAAAAGAGAAAUUCUUAUGAUCAGGAAUUAUUUUUGUUACAAAUAAUUGGAAAGGGAGUACUUUAAGAGUGAUAGAAAAAGAGCCACUUUAGGCCCUGAGUGAUGAAAUAUACUAUUUUAGUAUAUUUACACUACUUUUACAGUAUUGAAAACAGCCGCUAUUGCAGGAUUGUUGUGGAAAUAUAUUUUUGUCCCCCCUCAAGUUGUAUAGCAAUUCAAAGUUCAAUACUGUGGAUAAACUAGACUGAGACUCUAUAUCCAUAAUACAAAUUCUCCCUUUUUCCUUUAUUUUUUUGUUUGUUCAUUUAUAUACAAGGAAAAAAAUGAAAAAACAAACUGUGAAAAAAUCACAUUUGUGGAGCUUUGCCUAUUCUCCAUUCGUGCAAAAGUAACAUUAGCUACAAUGUUUUUAGGGUAAUUAUGGAGCUCUUUGUGAAUUGUCAAGGUGUAGCAGAAAAUUAGUGUUUGUUUUCGUCUUAGUGUUAAAAGUAUUUAAGUGUUAACCAUACUCAUAUAAAGUUUAAUCCAAGUAUGCACUUCAUCGUGAAAAUAAGAGUAACCAUAACUCGAUGUUACACUGAAUCAUUCUUCUUGUAACUGUACUUAGUUGUUUUAAAUGUUAUUUCUAUAUUAUUGUCACUAUCAUUCCUGUGGUAUUUUUUACAGGUUGUUGUGUCUUUAGUUGUAUUUUUCUACUGCUUGAGUUACCAUGUUUAUUUAGUGUUAUAUUUUAUCUAAGGAUCAAACACUGGUGGAAAAUAAAUUAUUCUAAAGACAUCAUGGUUCUGAGAUAAAAACUGAAAUAGAUUAAUACAAGAUUUUGAUUGAUUGCAACUAACCAAAAUCAUUUUGGUCCAUGAGUGUUUCUCAGAUUUUUGCAGGUACCGAAAUCUCAGAAGUUUUUAGAAAAUAUAUUUCCGAUCAUUGACAUUGGAUUAAAUUUGAUUAAAAGUUUACUUGGAAUGGGAUUUGUUCUUAUCUUGCUGGCCGGAUUACGAACGACAAUGAAUGUUUACGUUUUAGUGGUAAAUCUAUAUCCAAAGUUAAUACCAGUAUCUUAAUAAGUACAAUAACAAUCAACAAAUAGUUUCCACCAGUGAUAGAAAUAUAUUUGUGAUACUGAUAGUGUAGUUUAGUCCAAUUGGACCUCCAGAAUGUCACAAUUCCAGUAGAUAUUAAUUCCAAAGAGUGUUAAUUGUGUUACAAAAGCCUUUAUAGGGAUCUCUUCCAGUGUCAAAUAAAUAUUUAAGUGUGAAACCAAA